GUAGUUCUCCGCGUGCCCAUUGAAUGGCUCACGGAUUGUGGUGUUGUGGUGGAAUAUUCCCAUGGAAAAAAUAGUGUUAUUCGUUUUUAUUUUCUCGUUUAAAUGAAUAAUGUGUUGUUUUACAUCAAAUUUAUUGUCAAACUAAUUACAUCACAGGAACUAUGAUAACUAAAAUGCAAACUCAAGCUAAUGUCGCGGUGCCUCAAUCUGUCACGACACAACCUCAGCAAAUAGUCGGUGUCCCCGCGAAUGCCGUAAUAUUGAAGAUGUCGGACAUCCAGCAAAUAUCGACAGUUGGGCUUCUGGAGCUGGCGCACCGGGAGUACCAGGCGGGUGAUUACGAGAGUGCCGAGCUGCACUGCAUGCAGCUCUGGCGACAGGACAGCUCGAACACGGGGGUGCUCCUUCUGCUCUCGUCCAUACACUUCCAGUGCCGUCGGUUGGACAAGUCGGCGCACUUUUCGACGCUAGCGAUCAAGCAAAAUCCACUCUUGGCGGAAGCCUACAGCAACCUCGGGAAUGUGUUCAAAGAGCGAGGGCAACUCCAAGAGGCUCUGGAGAACUACAGACACGCGGUCAGACUGAAGCCAGACUUCAUUGAUGGCUACAUCAAUCUGGCCGCGGCCCUUGUGGCAGCCGGGGAUAUGGAGCAGGCUGUGCAGGCCUACGUCACAGCGCUACAGUAUAAUCCUGACCUAUACUGCGUCAGGAGCGACCUGGGAAAUUUGCUCAAGGCGCUGGGACGCCUGGACGAGGCGAAGGCAUGUUACUUGAAGGCCAUCGAAACAAGGCCAGACUUUGCAGUGGCAUGGAGCAAUUUGGGAUGUGUAUUUAACGCCCAAAGUGAGAUCUGGUUGGCCAUCCACCACUUUGAGAAGGCCGUGGCCUUGGAUCCUAACUUUUUGGACGCCUACAUUAACUUGGGAAAUGUUCUCAAGGAAGCAAGGAUUUUUGACAGGGCCGUAGCCGCCUAUCUACGCGCUUUAAACCUAUCACCAAACAACGCCGUCGUCCACGGCAACCUGGCCUGCGUCUACUACGAGCAAGGCCUGAUCGACCUGGCCGUAGACACGUACAGGAGGGCCAUAGAGCUCCAGCCAAACUUCCCCGACGCCUACUGCAACUUGGCGAACGCUUUGAAAGAGAAAGGCCAAGUCGCCGAUGCCGAAGAGUGCUACAAUACCGCUCUACGUCUCUGCCCGUCACACGCAGAUUCUCUCAACAAUUUAGCCAACAUCAAACGUGAACAGGGCUAUAUCGAGGAGGCUACGCGACUAUAUCUGAAGGCUUUAGAAGUAUUCCCAGAAUUCGCAGCUGCUCACAGCAAUUUAGCUUCAGUGCUACAACAGCAAGGCAAACUCAAUGAAGCUCUCAUGCAUUAUAAAGAGGCUAUUCGCAUCCAGCCAACAUUCGCGGACGCUUACAGCAACAUGGGUAACACGCUUAAAGAGAUGCAGGAUGUCGCAGGAGCGCUGCAGUGUUACACCAGAGCCAUCCAGAUUAACCCAGCCUUCGCAGACGCUCACAGCAAUCUUGCGAGCAUCCACAAAGACUCUGGGAACAUUCCUGAAGCCAUACAGUCCUAUAGAACCGCCUUGAAGCUGAAGCCAGACUUCCCUGAUGCGUAUUGCAAUCUAGCCCACUGCUUGCAAAUUGUGUGCGACUGGACGGACUAUGAAGCUCGAAUGAAGAAGUUAGUCAGCAUCGUUGCUGAACAGUUGGACAAGAACAGGCUUCCGUCGGUCCAUCCGCAUCAUUCCAUGCUGUACCCACUAACACAUGACUUUAGAAAGGCUAUCGCCGCUCGCCACGCAAAUCUAUGCUUAGAGAAAGUCCAAGUACUUCACAAACCUCCAUAUAAAUUCCCUCGCGAUCUUCAAGGACGUCUUCGUGUCGGUUACGUGAGCAGUGAUUUCGGAAACCAUCCUACGUCGCAUUUAAUGCAAUCUGUGCCAGGCUUGCAUGACCGUAACAAGGUCGAGAUCUUCUGCUACGCUCUAAGCACAGAUGACGGCACCACAUUCCGUUCUAAAAUCGCUAGAGAAGCUGAACACUUCAUAGAUCUAUCCCAAAUGCCCUGUAACGGAAAGGCUGCUGACAAAAUCUACGGAGACGGCAUCCAUAUCCUUGUGAACAUGAAUGGGUAUACUAAAGGGGCUAGGAAUGAGAUAUUUGCACUCCGACCCGCGCCCGUCCAAGUUAUGUGGCUGGGCUACCCAGGAACCAGCGGAGCCAGCUACAUGGACUAUUUAGUAACUGACGCCGUCACAUCUCCGCUAGAACUAGCCAGCCAGUACAGCGAGAAGCUCGCAUACAUGCCUAAUACAUACUUCGUUGGUGAUCACAAGCAAAUGUUCCCUCAUUUACAAGAGCGUCUAAUCUUAAGCGACAAAAUCAAAUCUCACAACAACCUGGGCAGCCUGGCGGACAAUGUUGCGGUCAUUAAUGCUACAGAUCUGUCGCCGCUAGUGGAGAAUACGGAUAUUAAGGAGAUUAAAGAAAUAGUGCGGGCCGCUCGACCGGUGGAGAUAUCGCUGAAAGUAGCAGAGUUACCGACCACCACGCCUAUUGAGACUAUGAUUGCUUCCGGACAAGUUCAGACUUCAGUAAACGGUGUAAUACUCCAAAACGGCCUGGCGACCACGCAAACCAACAACAAAGCGGCAACCGGCGAAGAAGUACCACAAUCCAUCGUUAUCACCACGCGACAACAAUACGGCCUUCCCGACGACGCAGUUGUAUACUGCAACUUUAACCAACUGUACAAGAUAGACCCGCUAACGUUGCAUAUGUGGGUGUACAUAUUGAAACAUGUACCGAACAGCGUGCUGUGGUUGCUGAGGUUCCCAGCGGUAGGCGAGCCGAAUCUGCAGGCCACGGCCCAACAGUUAGGUCUACCACCCGGCCGCAUAAUCUUCUCGAACGUAGCCGCCAAAGAAGAGCAUGUUCGACGAGGACAGUUGGCCGACGUGUGCCUGGACACUCCCCUGUGCAACGGACACACCACCAGCAUGGACAUCCUGUGGACCGGGACUCCGGUCGUCACUCUACCCGGAGAGACGUUAGCGUCCAGAGUGGCAGCUUCACAACUCAACACACUGGGGUGUCCAGAGUUAAUAGCUAGGACGAGGCAAGAAUAUCAAGACAUAGCUGUAAGAUUAGGAACCGAUAGAGAAUAUUUAAAAGGCAUCCGCGCGAAAGUGUGGGCGGCGCGUAUGGAAAGCCCGCUGUUCGAGUGCAAGGCGUACGCCACCGGCCUCGAGAUGCUCUACCACGCCAUGUGGGGGCGCCACGCGCGCGCCGAGCGGCCCGACCAUCUCGCCGCCGUCGACAAGUAGAGCCACCGGCCAGGCGGACCGGGAGCGUA